AUGUCACAUUUGCCUGUAGAUUGGUCCAAAAAAUCACUUGAUGAGAAAGUGACGCUCUUAAUGGAGAAGUUUUGUUAUUCAGAAAUUUCAACGAAUCAGAAACUUGAAGACUUAAGUGUAAAAUUGCGUGAAGUUCAAGACUCACAAAAAACUGCUGCUAUCAACUUGACGGAAUUGACUGCAAAUGUCAAAACGAAUGCUGAGUCAAUUUUUCAAAUUAGUUCAGACCUCAGCGAUGUGAGAAAAGCUAGGAAAGCUGAUAUGGAUUCAGUCUCUGAUAGACUGUCUAACCUUGAAAAAUUGAUGCCUCCAUCUACUUCUUCGCAAAUUCCUGGUAGCACUACUGAAUUAGUUAUUUCAGGUGUUCCCGACUCAGUGGCUCAAAGCUUAACAUCAAAUGACAUUACAGCUGCGGUUUUAAACAGUCUGGAGUUACCAAAUUUGGUAAAUAGUGUCUUAAGUUCUCGUAGAUUUGAAAACAAAAACAGGCAGUCACAAAAUCUGAACAAGCCUAUUUCACACUCCUACAUAAUUUCUUUGAUAUCGACUCCAGUUCGUGACUUUAUUGUUGACAAGAAACGUAAAUCAGGUGGUCUUCUAGUGAACAAAGUGUUUCCCACCCAGGUUGAUGCAGCGUACCAGGGAUCCAUCUAUGUAAACGAAUUUUUGCUUCCAGAAACUCACCGAUUAUUACUCAAAGCUAAGGAAAAAGCGAAGAAUAAAAAAUUCAAUGUUAUUGGUCACAUUGCUCAGUUUCUUGAUUUGGUUAAUAAUACAACACCCGACAUUAUUGUCCUUGUGGAAACCUGGUUAAAACCUUCAUUAGAUUAUGAGUCCUUAUCAUUGGAUGAGUAUUUUACAAUUCGUAGAGACCGAAUCCUAAAGCAUAUAGAUACUGGUCGUUUUAUCCAGGGUGGUGGUGUGGCUUGUCUUAUACAUAAAUCUCUAAAAACUAAAGUCCUUCAUAUUUCAACUUCUGAUCAUCUAAGUCAACCGGAGUAUCUUAUUGUUGACGUCACUCUAAUUACAGGAGCUCACCUCUUAUUAUCUUGCAUCUACCGAAGACCAAAAGGAUUCUUUCUCAAUGAAUUCUUUGAUAUUCAUUCUAGACUUGCUUCAAAUUACAAUAACAUUAUUAUAGCUGGUGAUUUAAAUUGUAAUUUGUUAGAAGAUAGCUAUACUGCAAAUCACCUAAAGGAUUUCAUAGCAGAGUCGUCAUUGUACUGUGUACCUUACGGUGCUACUUUUCACAAGAACAAUUGUGAUUCUUGGUUGGAUGUGAUUUUAUUGGACAGUGAAACUAAGUUAUCCUCGUUUACGAAAUCCGAGUCUCCAUAUAUUGAUGGUCAUGAUUAUUUACUCUGCCAAUACAAACUAGAUAAUUUAAAACCACUACCGAAGAGAAUAACCUACAGAAACUUUCAAAACUGUGAUCAUCUGGCUCUAUCAAUUUCACUUAUGAAUUCCUUAAAAAUUGAUAGUACUGUACUUGAAAAUUCAAAUCCUGAUGAAUUGCUGAAUAUUUUUAAAUCUGGGGUUUUGUCUUCUCUGGACUUGUUUGCUCCUAUAUUUACAAGAAAAGUGACCCGUGUGAAUAACCCUUGGUUUACCAAAGAAUUGAAAGUGAAGUGUAAGGAACGUGAUGAAAUUUACAAAAAAGCUAGAAGAAACAGGGAUCCAAAUUUACUAGCUCUUUUCAGACAAAAAAGGAAGGAACUGAAAUCUGAGUUGAAUCAUGCCCGUGAAGAAUAUCUAAAAGCUGCUCUCUCAAAUCUACCUCACAAUUCAACUGUUUGGAGCAAACUUAAACACCUUGGGCUAAUUAGGUCAAAUCCUUCAUCGCCGCUAAAUUUCUUUGACGCUUGUGAAUUAAAUGAAUAUUAUGCAGAUAUAGUCAGGAAACAUCCACCAUGUGACGCAAAUUUUACCAAUAUUUUACCAAUAGAAUACUCAAAAAAGGUUGAUUGUUCAUUUAAUUGGAAUAGGAUUGAUAUCGUAGAUGUUACCAAAGCACUGCAUCUUACUCUUUCUAAAUCAAAAGGGAAGAGCCCUGAUGGUCUUGAUCUGAGAUGGUUGAGAGAUCACCUUCCUCAAAUCUCACUCUUUCUCACUGUUUUACUAAAUCGAUCUCUCGACACUGGUAUUUUUCCGGAUAUUUGGAAGACUAUCUACAUAAUACCUCUGAAUAAAAUAUCGUCACCUAGAUCACCAUCAGACACUCGGCCCAUAGCAAAUCUGUCUCAUCUAGCCAAAGUAUUCGAAAGAAUUAUUGCAAAUCAGAUAACAUCAUAUCUAGAAGAUACUGAGCUAUUUGAUCCCUUUCAAUCGGGAUUCAGGAAGCAUCAUAGUACUCAAACGGCUUUGCUGAGACUUACUGAUGAUAUUAGGGAGGCUAUGGACAAGAGUAAAUUAACUAUACUAGUUCUGUUUGAUUUGAGCAAAGCUUUUGACUAUGUUGAUCCCAAAGAUAUUCUUACUGCGUUGUUUGAACUGGGAUUCUCAAUACAUACGAUUGUUUGGUUUUUUUCCUACCUGUCAGAUCGAUCUCAGUCAAUAUUGAAUGAUCUUGGAACUCCAAUUCAGCUACUAAAAACGUCAUCUGGUGUUCCUCAGGGAUCUGUUUUGGGUCCAAUCCUGUUCCUAAUAGUGAUGAACUCUGUAGCUCAAUGGCUGGUAUAUUGCAAGCAUGGAUUGUUCGCUGAUGAUAAAUAUAUAUGUCUUCACUUCUUAUUCCAUCAGUUGCAUGAUGCUGUCUGGAGGGUAAAUGUUGAUGCUCAAUCGGUUGCUGACUGGGCAAGAGAGCGUGGGUUGGAGAUAAACAUAUCUAAGACCAAAGCUAUGAUCUUGGGUUCAAACAGCAAAUUGAAGCAACUUGAAGAUAUGGAUCUACCGCCGGUAGUAGUGAAUGGUGUCAUAAUACCCUACGUCAACUCUACUAAGUGCUUGGGAAUCCAUAUUAAUAGAAACUUAUCUUGGAAUCAUCAUGUUAUUCAGACAGUUAGUAAAGUGAAUUCAGCUCUGCAUUGUCUUAAAGUUCGAAAGAACAUUUUCUCAACUGAUAUAAGGAAAUUAUUAGUUUCAGCAACCAUCUUACCACUUGUUGAUUAUUGUUCCGUCGUCCUGGUUGAUUCAACAUCUGAAAAUGAUUUGAAGCUUCAGCGUGCAAUAAACUGUUCAAUUAGAUUUAUCUUUAAUCUUAGAAGAGAUGAACAUAUAACACCUUAUAGGCGAGAAAUGGGAUGGCUCUCUGUGAAAUAUCGUAGAAUGUACUUUAUGAGUUGUUACUUUUUUAAACUACUUCAAGUUGGUAAACCAAAGUACCUGCGAGAUUUGUUCAUCGAAGAGACUGAAAUCAGACGCUCGAAUAGGUUAGCUGCCAAAAAACACUCUUUUUAUAAAUUACCACCUUUUGCUACGACCUUCAUGGAGCGUUCAUUUCAAGUGAUUGUAAUACGUUUGUGGGAAGAGCUACCUGAAGAGAUUGUCAACUCAUCUAGUCUUGAAGUUUUCAAAAAUAAAAUUUUUGAUUAUCUAUUAAAUCUGGAUCAUUAA